AUGUCACAUGCCCCGUGGCUUACAACAGCCAACAGAAUGCUACGCCUUUAUAUCGCUACUAAAAAUCCAUCUCCCACUCAAGUUAUUUUAACCGAAUUUAUUUUAAAGGUCUACGCACCUGUUUGGUUCGCAAUUAAAACAAAACCAUAUAUUUGCGAUGGAGCGAGAUACCUGUGCAAAGCUAUUAAUGCUUCAAGAGGAUUCCCAGAUAACGUUAAACAUAUAACUAACAAAGUCUUUGCCGACAAUGCAUAUUUUGCCCACCCUAAGAACCUACUUUUCGCAAUGCUAAGCGACCCACGUCCAUACAUUAGAGAAUUAGCUGCAAGAAGAAUUAAAAAAUGUAGGAUGCAAACUAAUAAAAUGAUCCUUCCAAGUUUUUCAUCAGCUGAUGAGCAUCGAGAGCAUCCAGAUUCCAGUGUACAAUCAAAUACGAAAGCUCCUGAAAAUGGAGAUGAAAAUAUUUCAGAUGCAACUCCAGUUUCUGUUAAUGUAGAUGAGACGCCAUCAACAACAGGAUCAAUAUUUAAUAAGGCAAAAACUUGUAUAUUUUGUAACUGUAAACAAAAGAAAAGUGGAAAUAAGGUAAUCAGUCUUAUACAUCCACAGAAUGAAGAAUUCUCUCAUCGUCUACAAAGAAUGGCAACUAUUCUACAUGAUUCCAAAAUUCUUUUAAAACUGAAAAGUCAAUCUAUUGCUUAUCAUAAACCUUGUUAUGCAGGUUAUCAAACUAAAGAAAGGCGGCUCUUUGAUGAACACGUGGAGACUAGUUGGCAUGCGUCUCGAGAUCUUCAUAAACAGGCUUUCGAAUGUAUAUCAAAUUAUAUAGCAGAAGAGAUAAUUGUAAAUAACAAGGUUAUGUAUCUAGCGAAAUUAUUCUUGAGAUACCAAGCUGUGAUAUUAGAAUUCGAAAAUGAUAUCAUAGAACCUGCUGAUCUCGUCAAUUAUCGUGUUGAAACUUUAGAAAAAAAAUUGUUGAAAAACUUUGGUGAUACUAUUACUAUUGAAGCAUCAACUGGACCACGUCAUCAAAAAAUCGUUUACAAAACUGAUAUUGAAGUUUCAAUUAUGGCUAACAAUACUAAAUUUUUAGAGAGGAAAAAUGAUGAAAAAUUUGAUGAAGUAUCUUUUCAUUUGAGAAAUUGCAUUAAGAAAAAUUAUCAUCAACCGUUACCCAGCCGCUUAACAGCUGAUGAUGUGAUGCGUGGGGAAUGUGAAAUCCCAAAAUUACUGUAUGAUUUCAUGAUGAAUCUCGUAAGAGGUCCUGAUACUUCAAACAAAAAAUCACACGAAAUUGUAAUACAAGUAACCUCAAUAUGCAGUGAUAUUAUUUAUGCUGUCACUAGGGGAAGGUGUAAGCCAGCUAAAAAAUUAACUCUCGGUUUAGCAGUAAAGUCUCUCACUAAUUCUCGUCAAGUCAUGACAAUGCUAAAUAGAUAUGGUCAUGCGAUAAGUUAUAAUUUGGCUGAAGAACUCGAGACUGAAAUGACUUAUACUUCGGUUCAAGACAAUAACAUCAUACCAACUGGUAUCAUUCCAACUGAUGGAUGCAGUACGCACGUAGCAUUCGAUAAUUUCGAUCGUUUCGUUGAUACGACAUCGGGAAAGGACACAAUGCAUGACACUGUUGGUAUUAUUUACCAGUUUCCUCCAACACAAGCUGAAGAUUCCAAUGUUGAAGCUACGACCUCUUCAAUGUCUCUGAUUGAUGAUAAUAAUACAGAAGCGCAGGAACCUUCACGUAAAAGAAGUAAAAGAAGAACUUUUACUGGAAUUUCACGAGAUGUCCAGGCGUAUUAUUCAAAACCUACAACUAGUAUGGAACUGAUUAGUACAAAUUCAUUUAUUAAUACUAUUGAGGCAUAUAACGGCGCAACAGAGAUUGCAAUAAAGAAAGAUAUUUUAUGGGUUCUUUCCUUGCUCCGAAACGAUUCAGUUUCCAUAUGGCUGGGAUUUAACUGUAUGACGUCGAUUGAUUUAAGUGAAAUUCAAAAUUGGAAUAUUUACCCCCAAUAA